UAGAAGAGGUUGUUCAAACUUCAAACCGUGUGAGCAUAGACUUGCACCGACUGAAGUCGGUUUCUGUCAUUCAACCGCUUGCAAGUUUAUAGUAAUCUUAAUCUACUUUACUAACGUGUUCGAAUGUAACAGAACUCGAAGUCCGAACGCACUGGAUCCGGAGUGGUAUCCAAACCGCCCACGCUUACGCUUUUCCUUAUUUUUCCGGCUUCUUCGGCCUCCUUCCUUCCUCUCCUCAUAUUUCCAAUGCAAGGCUAUAAAGGGUGUCCGAACGGGACCUUUUGUUUUCCGUCUAUUAUUCUCCUUUGUCAAUGUGAAAUUUUGAAUUGAAGCAUUUGCCUGCACUUGAUUGAUAAUUCGUCUCUGGUUCUUCAUCGCAUCUUCAGUUCAGUUAUACCGAGGAUCGCCAGUUGCAGUCAGUAGUCCUUCAGAAUCAAAUCUGCGACCACGGAAGGAAAAAUUUGUUGCAAUGCCAACUUCUAGAACUAAUGCGAAGAAGUGCUUGUACCAAGGGGAAGCUAGGCUAAGCAGUUUACCCGAUCACAUUCUUCAUCGCAUUCUCUCUUUUCUCCCCAUAAAAGAUGCUGUACGGACCAGUAUAUUAUCAACAAGAUGGAAGUACCUGUGGACCUUCAUCACCCAUCUUUACCUAGAUGAUGGGCUCUUGUUCUGUGACAAAAAUGUCAAGGAAAAGUCACGAAGGUUUGUGUAUUUCGUAGACAGAGCGCUAAUGCUCCGCACUGUGUCAAAUUUAGACACAUUUAGUCUCCGCUGUCAUUAUUGCAUUGAUCCUUGUCGUUUUAAUGCUUGGAUAAAUGCUGCGAUACAGCACCAAGUUCAAAAUCUCUCCCUCAGCAUUCCUGUGAAACAGCCUAUUAAUCUGCCUCGGUGCCUCUUCACCUGCCGGUCUUUAAUUUCACUGAGGCUGGAAGUGAAUUAUCAACUUAAACCUUCUCUUCGCUUUUGUUUUCCAUCCCUCAAGAAGCUUCACCUGAGUUUCAUUACAUUUUCUAAUGAUUACUCGACCAAACAACUAUUUUCUAGCUGUCCAAUUCUUGAAGAAUUACAAAUAAUAGGAUGCAAUUGGAAAAAGCUUAAGGUUUUCAACAUUUCUGCUCCUGCAUUGAAGACCUUAAGCAUAAGUGAUUUUCAUUAUAAUUGUAAUCGCGGUAAUCCUGGUGAAAAUGUGGUGUUCAAGUUAUAUGCCCCAAGGGUUGUGACACUGGACAUAUAUUUUUGGGCAAGAGUCUAUUCUCUAGGGGACCUACCUUCAUUAGCUGCUUUUUCAAUUCAUAGUGAUAGAUACUCUGAAGUKAGCAAUAGAAAAUUUGGCCUCGUAUUGCUUGAUCUUCUUAAUGUGGUCUCUAAAACUAAAGCCAAGCGUUUAAAAAUAUCAGGCUCUGUCAUAGAGGUAAGAUUGCUUCUUUCAACCAUCUCCUUCUAUUGUCUUCUAUCUUUUGUUUUCGUACUGCAAUCCAUUUAAUCCUCUAUAUAACGGGCAUUUAUCACCAUUUCUCCUAGCAUCUGAUCUAUGGAGAUUGUAGUUCCCUCCUGCCUACAUUUGGUAAUGUGAACUAUUUGGAGGUGUUUCCAAGCUUCUGUGAAUCUGAUUUGCAUCUGUUGGCAAAAUUACUUGAUCGUGUACCUAAUCUACAAACUCUUGUGUUUAAAACGGUAGUUCUCUAUGCUCUGGUCUUUAUUUACUAUAGUAUCGACCUAUACAAUUUUUUCUUCUCAACUUCUGAAUUCUUUUUAUCUGUCCAGAAUGUUUUCAGUGAAGAAAACAUCAUGGAAACAUUGAAAGCAGUUGGUAAAAGAAUUGAAGAAUCUGUGAGUUUGUUGCAAUGCCUGAAGAGAAUUGAAUUCCGAGGAUUCAAUGGUUGUGAAAGUCAUUUAGCACUAGUGGAACUAUAUCUAAAAAAUUCAAAAGUAUUGGUUGAGAUGGAUAUCCUCCCUUCUGUGGAAUUAGUGGUAGAUGGAGAACGGAGAGCAGAAGCUUCCUCUAAGUUAUUGAUGAUACCUAGAGGCUCACCACACUGUGUAAUAAAGUUUAGUUCGGACUGGAGGCAGACUGUUUUUUAACCAGGCCUAAUAUACUUGAAACCAGAGUUCAUGGGCAAACUAGGAGGGCAUGCAAUUAGUUCUUAUCUGACUCAUUUGUGGCAGCUCAAAUGGUUUAUUUUGUGGUUAAAAAGAUCAUCCUAGCUAGCUUGUUUAUGUUUAUGUAGAUCUUUUUUUUCCUUCUGUUGAAGACUUGAAUAUUGAAUCUACACUGAUAAAUACAAGAAUGUCAAGCGCCAUUCUUUUUUAACGUAGGCAAA